AAGCACAUACCCUCCAGCCAACAUGAUCUUCUCACGCCUCUUCUCCAUCAUCAUGCGAAUCGCACAAUGGGUCUUCGCCGCCAUCGUGCUGGGCCUGACAUCCUACUUCACCUACCGAACCACACUGGGACCCCGACGCCAUGACGAUGGGCCACUCGGGCGCUUGAUCUUCUCCAUCAUCUGGUCGUCGCUAUCCAUCAUCUUCGCCUUCAUCUGGGCCAUUCCCACAAAGUCCAGCAUGUCGGGCUACGUCUCUGACUUUGUCUUCACCGCUGGCUGGGCCGCCGUCUUCGGGCUGCUCGUCGACUGGUUCAACGGCACGGGGUGUGGCAGCGCGUGGGCUUGGCGCAACGGCUUCUCGCUGCGACGCAGCAACAUGUGCGGGCAAUGGCGUACUGCCCAGGCCUUUUCCUUCUUGUCCAUGAUCACCUGGUUUGCUACCGCCAUCUUCGGCAUCAUCAUGGUGCACCGCCUUCAGCGCCGCGCGGCAGCUAAUACUACCUCGCGUGUCUAGUCCAUCUGCCGAGUAAUACGGCCAUUCUGGGUGACACAAACUGUCGUGGCA